AUGGAAUUGCAGGAAGAAAUGCAAGUGCUGCACACAGAGGCCCUGCGAAAACUCGGUAGCAAGGGCCAGCACCAUUUGGGCGUCGAACGCACGCGCAGGUACGUACGUAUACCGUCCGUCGUCGCGAUUCCAUUCCGAGCCACUGUCGUGGAUAGCCUUGCCACGUUGCGGGCGAAACUCCAAGUCACACGAGAACAUGCCGCGUACGCGUUUUUCGUGGAAAACCAAUACAACUUGGUCAACGGCAACGCUGUCGACUUGCACGGACUCUACGUGCAGGAGGCGUACCAAACGCUCGAGUAUUGCGUAUCGUUCUGCCGUGAAAACAAAAUUCGCAAGUUCGUGCUCAUCACGGGCGUCGGCAACCACUUGAACGGUCGAGGCGGCCGCAUGUACACGACCUUCCCCGUCGCGCUGCGCCGACGAGGCGUUGCCUUUACCCAACACGGCGGGCAGCUCACCGUGUACCCGAGUCAAGUUGUCAAGUCGUAA